AUGGCGGCGCCCAUCAGCGAGCCCUCAGCGUCCGUGGCUCUGUCGGAGCUCACGGCGCUGCUCUUGCCGUCCUCCCCCGCCGCUCUCGAAGCAGCCGAGGCCGCCCUGGCCCUGUCGGGCAGCGACUCAGGCCGGGCGCUCCUCGCUGAACACCCCGCGGCCUUAUCGGCCUUGUCCGCCAUGGCAGCCUCGGCCUCGCGUGGAGCGCAGCCCGCCUUGGCCGCGCUGGUGAACGCAUCCUCCGAGCCCGCCGCGCUGGAGCCGCUUCUCGCCGCUGUCCCUUCUCUUCUCCCGCUUCUCCCCAGCUCCGGAGCGGCCUGCGGGGUGCUGGCAAACCUGAGCCGGGACGCGGCGGCGGCGCCGCGGGUGCUGCGGGCGCUGGGUCCCGAAGCGGAGUCGCUGCUGCUGCGGGCGCUGAGCGCGGAGCGGCCGCCGGGGGAGCUCGGGGCGCUGCUCUGCAACCUCAGCCAGGCCCCCGAAGGCCGCCAGGUGCUGCUGGAGCCCUCAGGGCGGGUUCUGAGGCGGCUCCUGGCCCUGCUGCGCUGCCCGGACGUGGAGCUGAGGAGGGGAAUUGUGGGGGCGAUCAGGAACUGCUGCUUCCAGCACGAGAACCACGAGCGGCUGCUGAGGCCUGAGCUGGAGGCGCUGCCCAGGCUGCUGCUGCCCCUGGCUGGGAACAUGGAGCUGGCUGAGCAUGAGAUGGAGCAGCUGCCUGUGGACCUGCAGUUCCUCCCUCCCGAGCACCAGAUUUGA